ACAUGUAUUUUUCUUAUGAUCAUAAUUUUACCAUUUUUUGUAGUAUACUUGAAAGUCCUUUCGUAGAAUAUCGUGAUUGUAGUGAAUAUAUCAUUGCGCCAAUAUAUAUUCCUGAUUCACUUUCUUAUUCUGGAGCAUUUUUAUCAAAUUACAUCGUAAAUUCUGAUACAAGGAACACAGUAUUUGAUCUUGAUAUAGUUAUCACUGAUCCUAGUUAUAAUGUUUCUGACGAAGCUAUAGUUAUGUCAGCACUUGAUAGUGAAUAUGAUAAUUAUAAUAUGUAUCUUGAAGAUCUUGAUGGUACACCAACUCCAUUUGAAAGAUCAGCUUUUGAAAAAAAUCAAUAUCAUUUAGGGCAACCUCAAAAUGAUAGAAUCACAUAUUUGUGGUCAUUCAGUAGAACUAUUAGGAAUACUAUGAUUCCAAAUAUUUUAAGUUACUUGGGUCGUCCAACAUACAAAAGAAUGCCUUAUAUUGAAUCAAAUAUUGAGCCUCUCCCAUUUCCGGCUGCAUAUUUCAAUAAUAUAUUCGCAAAUAGUAAUAAUAUCUCUAUUACCAAUGUAUCUUAUUAUGGAAGAGUGCGCUUUUUUCCAGGCACUCCUAUUACAAAGGAGGAAACAGAACAAAGGAACAAAACUGUUUUGAGCCUGUUAGGUAUUCUCGGUGGUAUCUGGAGUGCUUUGACAGCUUUUUAUAUAUUUUUAUUUGGACUUGGAUUAAUUUCUCCAUGGGGUUUUGUACAAAGAUCACGACCAUUCAAAAGGCAAUAUCAACAAAGUUUAUUAAAUUCUCAAUCUGAUAAAUCCAAUGAAAAAGAAUAUCUUAUUACUGAAGAACCUGAAAAUCUCUCAAUUCAAAAACGACUUGAUGAUUUAGAAAAACGUGUUGAACGUUUGGAAAGAAUUAACAAUUAUUAUAGAGAAUAUAUUAUUGAUACUUCAUUUAUAACUUCUAUUAAAAGUGAUUCAUCCCUUCUUGAUACGGCAUAA